AUGAAAUAUCCCCGGAGGCUCACGCUCGAGCAAUGGGAUCGGUUUUCAAGAACUACGAAACCCCCCAAACUGAUAACCUUUGAUGCAUACAAUACGCUUUACUCUACAACGCUGCCAGUUAUGGACCAAUAUUCUCGGAUUGGGCAAAAGUAUGGUCUGGAAGUCAGCGCAGAAGAACUCGCGUCAAGGUUCCCCAAAGUCUUCAAGGACCUUCGACAACAACAUCCGAAUUACGGUAAGAGGACAGGUAUCACCGCUAGAGAAUGGUGGAGGCUACUGAUUUCUGCUGUGUUCGCCCCUAUUGAAACUCCUCAAGCAAUGAUUGCUGAGAUCUUAAGGGUAUUCGAUGGCUUUGGGGCUUACACUGUGUACCCGGAUCUAUUGGAGUUAUUAGAACACAUCAAGGAAGAACAUCCAGAUACCAUAUUGGGCGUUGCCAGCAAUACAGAUCCGAUCAUGUAUACUCUACUAAAGAAUAUUGGACUGCAAACCUAUUUCGGCAAUCAUAUCUAUUUGUCCUACGAUUUGGAGCUGUCCAAGCCGGAUCCCAAAUUCUUCGACGCUAUACUUCAAGAUGUGGUUCACAAGAAUCCCGAAAUUCUCGCAAAUUCUAACCUGGAAGAUCUUAAAGCUAGUUGUUGGCACAUAGGAGAUGAGGAGUCAAAUGAUUUGACAGGAGCGUCCGCUGUCGGUUGGAAUUCUGUGCUCAUCGAUAGAGUCGACAAAUAUAAACACCUUUCAGGCACUGCGGAUGGAGUUACAAGGCAAGUUUCUGAGCUAUACGCAGAUAAAAUUGACAAUCAUGCUGCGAAAAGCUGGGAAACGUCUCUCAGACAGACUGAUGUCGUGCAACUGGCAGAUCGGGAAUAUGUGGUAGCAAAUUUCAACGUUCUUAAAAAGCUUCUAUAUAGUUAA